GUUUACCAUCACUUGUUUAUCUUUUUGUAUUAUUUUCCUCAGCUGUUCAAUUCCAAAACCUACUUUUCCCAAAGCACACAUUUAAAUUAUCUCUCAACAUGGCAGCACUCGUUCCCAAGGAUAAGCGGCAGUUGCGGGCGUGCCUGAUAUGCGGCAUUGUUCUCAACCACCACACGUUCCGCGAUAUUGGCUGCCCCAACUGCGAGUCGCUCAUCAAAAUGCGUGGACAGAAUGACGUUGUCACGGACUGUACCAGCGGCACAUUCGAUGGAUUGAUGGCAGUGUUCCACCCGACAAAAAGCUGGGUGGCCAAGUACACGCAUGUCAACAUGUCCAAGCCUGGCAUGUAUGCGGCAAGCAUCACUGGGCGGAUUCCUGAGGACAUUGAGGACACGCUGGCGCAGAGGGGAUUUACGUACCAUCCGCGCGACGGAACUGCUGAGGAGUAAUUAGAGGCUUUUUAUUUGGUGUGCACACUGUUUUUUAUAUUUUGAAGUGCGCCCUAAUUUAAUUGAACUUGUGGCGGUUCGAACUGGUCGGUCCAGAAAAAUGCAGAAAAGUUCGUUUAUUAUUAUUAUUAUUUUUGCUGCUGACGGUGGUGUUGUUAAUCUCACCCCUCUCUCCUUUCUUUUGCCGCCAGAGAUGGCAGUUAUAUUUUGGGGGUUAUUUUGGAUCGGCGGGUGUGCAGUGGAUACAACCUUGCCAGCCCGCGCACUCCCCGCAUAUUUCAACAACUGCGACUGUAUGCGCGCGCGUUUUCCGCCGUGUGGAGGUUGCAUCAUCGCCAUAUGGGCUUUACUCACGCGGGGCAACGUGAUUGAACUUUUAAAAGAAUUGUGCACGGUUGGCACUGGUCAGAAAAUUCUCCAUUUUUC